GUAAUCUAAGAUAUUGAAAUAUAAGCCAAUUAAUUAUUGGAAAGUGUGUAUUAAAGGAAAUCUGAUAUGAUUACCACUUACAGUAAACUCAAAAGACAAGAAGAAGUAAUCAUAUAUAAUCCCUUAUAUAAAUAAGGCAUUAGAUUUAGGAUUUGCAUCUGUAGGGUUUCCAGAUGAAAGUAUGGAUUGUGAGGCUGUCUAUGAAGUAAUAUACUUUAUUUACUUAGAUUCUAUAACCUGGAUUUAUCUUUGAAGUUAUAGUAAAUAAAAAAAAUAUAGUCAAAGGAAGGCUAGAUGUAAUUUUACAAAAAUUCCUUGCUUUCAGUGAUAAAUGUAUUACUUCCCAACAUCAAGUGAGAUCAGCUGAUUUCUACUAAUUUAAAAAAUAAAAGCAUUUACUCUCACAAUUAACUUAAAUUAAUGUCAUGAGAAUGAAAGGAGUCAUUUAUGAAUAAGAUGUGGUAUUAAAAAAAAAUAUAUAUAAAAUAAGAUUGAAGAUUUCUCCAUUUUCACAUAUUACAUUAAUUUUGAGAAAAUUUAAGUUGGUGAUCAUUUAAUUGCUGUUCUUAUUGAUAAACACAAAAUGACAAUGUCUUUAAAAAAUAAAAGUAUUAUGGGUGGUAAAUAAUGGAGUUUAAAAAGCCUUUAAAAUCCAUCUGAUUUUGAUAAUUGGCUUUAUUUUAGAUUGGGAUAUGCUAAAUAAAUAGGAGUGAAUUUUCAAUAUUAAAGUAUGAAUGAAGAAGAAAAAAAGAAAGCAUAAGAAUAAAUAAAUGCCAAUCUAAAAUUUAAAGAAGAAACUGGAAUAUUGAAAAUGGAUUAUCAAAUUGAAUAAGAUGGAUUCUUUCCAAAUAAAUAGAAUUAUCCAUUUAUGAUGUAAUCCUUAGGCUUGUCUCAAAAUACUUCAUUCACUAAUAGAAAUAAUCUAAAAUCAUUCAUGAAGAUUAAUUUAGAUCAUAGAAGGCGUUUAUAUUAAAUUAUUUAUUUUUUCUAGACUUUCAAGUCUAUCCGUCUAGCCAGAUGUCCAAUAGAUCUAUGUUCGCAAAUAGAAGAGUCAAAGUAAUAAUUGAAAAAUAAUAAAAUAACAAUAUUAAUAUCCAUUAAUUCCUCUUAUCAAUACAAUUUAUUGAAUUGUAAUUAAAUUAAUAUAUUUUAUUAAUUCAUAAUGUUACCUAAGUUUUAAAAUUCCUUUGCUCUAGAUAAGAAUCUAUAAACACUUAUUGAAUCAUUCAAUCAAUCUCAAAAAAACCCUGGGGCAAUUUCCAGAAACAGAAUUUAAAAUAAUUAUCCAUGCAUUCCAAGUGUAAUAAGACAACCUCCUGGUAGCUAAACCUUAAGUAAACUUCAUUCAUAAUACUAAAAGACUUAUUUUUAGAAAAAGUUACAUUUAUCUUAUUAUCCAAUUCAGCUAUCAAGUAAUUUUUAUAUUAAAAAUUUAAUUAGUACUACCUUCUUAAAUGAUCAAUAAGACAUAAUAUUAAAAUUGUUAUUUAAUAAUAAAAUUUUAUAGUUAGUAAUUCUAGAUAGACCUUUAAGAGAAUAAAAAGAAGAUGAUUAAAGUUUUAAUUUAUACUAGCAAUCAGUCUAUCCAUUUUAAUAAUAACACAAAUUAAAGGUUGAUUUCAAAUUAGAAGAUUCUGAUGAAAUUGAAGUAAAUGGUGAUGAUAAUUUUGUAACUAUACUUACUAAAGCUCAAAUAAAAUAGUAAAAAAAUGAAUAAAAUAAAAAAUAAAUCUAAUGUGUCCAUUAAGAUAUCAAAAGUAAUAUUAAUAAUUUAUAAAAUAGACAAGGUUGAAACUUAAAUUGUUUAAAUUUAAUUCAAAUUUUUAAGAGAAUGGUAUUUAAAAUUAGGAAAUAAUAUUUUUGCUGCUAAAAAAGCUCUCUAAGAAUAUUUUAAAUCCCUAUCAAUACCCAAAAUCAAAUUUACAGCAUUUGAUAAUUAAGCCAAGUACAGAAUAACCAAUUAUACCUCCCCAACAAGACUUAAAUAAAAAACAAUCUAUAAAAACUGAAGUGAAAUAGGAACCAGAAAAAGAAUAGGAAGGGGUUGAAUAACCACCAUAAAUACCUGAAAAGAUCUUUAAAACUUAUUUCCUUUAGUAAGUGAAGAGUUUGUAUAGAGACAAAGAGAAACACUAGACAAAAGUAUAAUUUUAACUUAAUACUAGAGAAUUGCACUUCUGAAGAAAAGAUUAAGCGUUUAUUUGAAGAGGUUCGCAUAAAACAAUUUAAAUAACAACCUUACAGUGUUGAUAAGAACUUUUUCAAAUGUCCUUAUCAUAGAUGCUAAAAAGGUUAUAAACGUCCUAAUUAAUUAAAAAAUCAUUUGAAAUAAAAUCAUUAGAAAUUAUCAGAAAUAGGAUUCACUAUUGAUGAUAAUGGAGAAUUUAAAUACAAUGAGAGAAUUUUAGAUUAUUGUUUAUUAUUGUGGAAGGUAUAUCCAAAUUUUGUAAAAUCAGUUAUAAAUGAAGUAUACAAAAUUAUAAUUUUAGAUGAGAUAAAGAAAAGAGUAGCCAAGUGCAUGA